UCCCUCAAAGGGCUCUGGGAACUACACUUCCCGUUGAGGGAACCGCGCCAGCAGGCCGCGCGUUACGGGGGCGUCACGCUGCCCGCAACCAGGGUCCAGAGCUGUAGAGUGUUUGAGGAGCAGGCUGGAAGGGGGUGUCUUUUCCUCUACUCUGCGCUCAGGCGGUGCCGAUUCCGCCUUAUCUCGCCCCACUGCGGUGCGCUCCUUGCCCGGCUACCCGUGUCAGCUUUUCCUGGGCCCGUCAAGGAAUUGGGGCCUGGAGGUUCGGAGGUAACGGCCGCUGCCUGGCGCGGGAGCGAGGGGCGCUCCCCUCUUCAGCCCAGCCAAUCCCGCACCCAGCCUUUGCCUCAUGGGCCCAACUCAGAAACCCAACGUGUGCCGCCAGCUGAGUCGCCGGGCGCUGGGCUUCUUCUCGCGGGAUGCAGGCGUGGUGCAGAGGACGAACCUGGGCAUCCUGAGGGCGUUGGUGUGCCAGGAAAGUACUAAGUUUAAGAAUGUGUGGACAACUCAUUCCAAGUCACCUAUAGCCUAUGAGAGAGGAAGAAUAUAUUUUGACAAUUAUCGGUGCUGUGUCAGCAGCAUUGCAUCAGAGCCAAGAAAACUUUAUGAAAUGCCAAAAUGUUCCAAGUCAGAAAAAAUAGAGGAUGCAUUAUUAUGGGAAUGCCCAGUGGGGGAAAUACUUCCCAAUCCAUCAGAUUAUAAAUCUUCACUCAUUGCACUGACUGCUCAUAAUUGGCUAUUUCGCAUAUCAGCAACUACUGGAAAAGUCCUUGAGAAAAUAUAUCUUGCUUCAUAUUGCAAAUUCAGAUACCUGAGCUGGGACACUCCUCAAGAAGUCAUUGCAGUCAAGUCAGCUCAAAACAAAGGCACAGUAUUGGCCCGGCAGGCAGGCAUUCAACAGCCUGUUUUGCUAUACCUUGCAGUGUUCCAUGUUUUACCUUUUUCACUCAUAGGGAUUCUGGAGAUCAACAAGAAGAUUUUUGGGAACGUUACAGAUGCUACCUUGUCUCAUGGAAUACUGAUUGUGAUGUACAGCUCAGGACUGGUCAGACUCUACAGCUUCCAAGCCAUCACUGAACAGUUCAUGCAACAGAAACUUGACUUAGGGUGUGCAUGCAGAUGGGGUGGGACUGCUGGAACUGUAGGAGAGGCUCCUUUUGGCAUUCCUUGUAAUAUUAAAAUCACAGACACACCACCACUGCUCUUUGAGGUGUCCUCCCUGGAGAAUGCUUUUCAGAUUGGAGGCCAUCCUUGGCACUACAUCAUCACACCUAAUAAGAAGAAACAGAAAGGAGUUUUCCAUAUUUGUGCCCUGAAAGAUAAUUCCUUGGCAAAAAAUGGGAUCCAAGAAAUGGAAUGUUGUUCUCUAGAAUCUGACUGGAUCUAUUUUCAUCCCGAUGCUUCUGGUAGAAUAAUACAUGUUGGCCCAAAUCAGGUCAAAGUCUUAAAGCUAAAUGAAGUAGAAAAUGAUAGUGCCCAGCAUCAGAUCUCUGAAGAUUUUGUCAUUUUGGCCAACAGGGAGAAGAACAAAAAUGAAAACUUACCCACUGUUACAGCUUCUGGACGGGUGGUGAAAAAAAAUUUCAACCUUCUGGAUGAUGACCCAGAACAAGAGACUUUUAAAAUUGUGGACUAUGAAGAUGAGCUGGAUUUGCUUUCCGUGGUAGCUGUUACCCAAAUAGAUGCUGAAGGAAAAGCUCACCUGGAUUUCCACUGUAAUGAAUAUGGAACUUUACUUAAAAGCAUUCCACUGGUGGAGUCAUGGGAUGUGACAUACAGCCAUGAAGUCUACUUUGACAGAGACUUGGUACUACACAUAGAACAGAAACCAAGCAGGGUCUUCAGCUGCUAUGUUUACCAGAUGGUAUGUGACCCUGGCGAAGAAGAAACAACAAACAGAAGUUGUGAAAAAGAGUGAGAUAAUUUUAAAUUUUGAGAUGUAACGUAUAAGACUUUUAGCCACAUACCUGAGCAGCUAUGUUCAGUCCUCCUUUUUGUUAUCUGCGUAGAAAGUUCUCCAAUAUUUUCCAGAAAAGGUCUUGUGUUGACUUAAGGUGACGGUGACUUCUUUUUUAAAUUCUUGCCAUACAGGGGGUGGUAAGGACUUCAUUUUGUGAAAAGAUUUUUUAGAAUGACAUCCCAGGAAGUCUAGCAUUUUAGAGCUUUUUGCUGGGUGGUGAUGCAAAUAUAAAGUGUUGGGAAGUACAGAAGACAAGUUAAUUUCAGUUGUUGGGAGAGGUUUAUUGAUGGAGAAGUAUUUAACAUGGUUCUAAAGGAUGGUAUGGAAUUUUGAUAGGUAGGACUAAGCAGGAAAGACAAAAAGAAAGAUGUAGAAGACAGAAAGAAAUCCUCUGUCCUCUAUACCAAACUUUGCCUAAGGGUGAGAAAGGAGAUCUGUAGUGUGAAAGAAUAUUUUUGAGCCAUAAAUGUAUCAUCAAAUUUUUUUAAAUCAUCUAUAUGUAUAUAUGUUUUGUAUUUAUACAUAGCAUUAGGAAUUGGCUCUAGUUCUCAGAUUAUCUUUUCUUCCAUGGUUUUAUUCUCUUGGCUUGGUGUUCCCAUUGAUUAUUUAUGUUUCUAUCGUAGACUAAUGUAAAAGACUCCAAGCGAACUUUAAGUGAAAUUUUUUUCUGAUAUGUAGCCUGUUCAGCUCUUAAUACAUCUAAGAAUGUUGUACUCAUUUCACCAUUCUAUUUAUUUGGUGAAUUUUCCAGUUCUGCUUAGGCAAUAUUUUCAUACCUAUGCAAUAAGAUAAAGGUAUCCUGGAUCCCACCAGUUCUGCUCAUCAUAGAAGAGUAGAUAAAGUUUCAGUUCCUACUGGCUUGGGAAUUGACUGAUUAGCUAGAAAGGGCUUUUGGCUCUGUCUUAGUUGUGAAACAAGUAUUUUUUUCUUCUUUGUUAGGACCAUUCUAAAUAUAACCCUUAAACUCAGAUAGUCAUUCCUCAGAUUGUUAAAUAAAAGCAACCUAAGGGAGAAAAUUGUUUCUUUUUGCUUCCUGUUUGAGAAAUUCAGUUGCUGCAAUCCACAUGUUCAGCACAUUUCUCUGAUUCAGCCUCAAAAGAAUAGUAAAAAUAGAAGGGGAGGAAACAGCAGUAAAAAUCAUUGCUGAUUCAAAUUUAAGGUUAAAAUAUGGGAUUCUAGCUUGGAUAAUUUACAUUAAAAUCAUUUGGUUUGGGGACACCUGGGUGGCUCAGGUGCUUAAGCAUCCAACUCUUGAUCUCAGCUCAGGUCUUCAUCUCAGGGUCAUGAAUUUAAGCCCCAUGUUGGGCUCCAUGGUGCACAUGGAGCCUGCUUAAAAAAAAAAAAUUAAAAUCCUUCAGUUUUUCCUUCAGUUUUGGCUUGAUCCCAUGUUAAGAAUGAUGUGAAUUCUGCCUUUUUCUGCCAUUAAAGUUUGCAGAUAAAUUUCAAGCAUGAUUGACAGGGCUGAAGAGAAAAGGUGUUAACCUAUUCCAGACAUCAAGAAAUUAGUAGCAGAGUUCCUAAAUUUAAAAGAAAUAAAGGGAGCAAACCUGAAACUGUCUUUUGCGCAAUAGAAAAGAAGACUGCUAAUGUUUUAGAAUAAAAGAAAAUAUUUAUAUGUGAGCUAAAGAUAAAUCUUUCUGAGUCUGAUCCUAAGUGUAAUAAUAACCAUUUGGGAAAGUAGAAGUGAUGAUUACCUCAUGAGCAAGAUAAUAAAACUAUCUUCAUGUAUUAAAUUCUAAUACUUUUAUACUAAUUGAAAAAUCCAUUCUUGUUUUAUGCAUCAUUAGUAGUACUAUUUAAUAUAAUAUUUGAAGCUUUCAGAGCAUUUUAGAGACUUGUUUGUGGUUACAGCAGUUGAAUAGUUAUAAUGUGCUGGCGACUGCCCCAAACUCCCAAUUAGACACUUCCUGUAUCUAAACAGUCAUACCCAGUGAAUUUACAUCUUGAAGAACAAGUCUGGUAAGAGGUAAUAGAUUAAAAAUACCAGAGAAAAGAAAGAAACCGGUGUUGUACGGGUUUCAAAGCAGAUUCAGUGCUAUAUAAAAGCAGAAAGCCUACUCUCCAAGAGUGUUUCAGAAAAGGAUGUCCUAAGACUUCAGUCCUGUCUGGUUUUUUAAAAAAACGUUUAUUGAGUUUCCCCUUCUCCUUUAAGUCAUUAUCUUCUUUUGAUGAAAUGAUAGUAACUCAUCUGCUCAGAAGGGCAUCUGAAAACGAGCUGAGAUUCUUAGCUGCUUUUUAGGCUGGGGGCAGAUAUGAGUGGGUGGGUCAAAUACUUCGAGUCUAGGUAUGUACUGACCACUGAGAAACUCCUAAUGUUUCACCACUGCCAAAAUCCUGAUCCUAGACCAGGAUCCAGGCAGGAAAUAUACUUUAGUGUGAAAGACCAAAGGGAGUUGUGGGCAGUUUAACAAACAGAAGGGUUAUGCCCCAAUUAAAAGGACAACUGCUCCUUCAUAGUUUCAGCCAAUUGUGACAUUAUGUGGGAAUGUGGGGUACGUGAUUGUUAACAGAGUGGUUGAUAAAAAGAUGCCAAAGGUAGUAAAAAAUGUGGGAAAUUUAUGGAUAACACACAUAGCAGGAGACAUUACAGCAUGCUUCCCAAAAUGUAUGGGCUUCCCAGCUUCCCAUAGGAGCAUUGCAGCUGUUCAUUCUGCCACCUGUUAGGCAUGACACUGCCAUUCUCUUGGGAUGGAGGGAAGUGGCCAUUAAUAUCCUCCUGGUCCCACCUUAACCCCCACUGUCUGCCUGACUGUUUAGAGUCUUCAACUGUGUGCCCACCUACCUAACAAGCACUAGUGAUAGGAAUAAAACACUGUGGGUAACAUUUCUGGGUGUUCAAUGCAAAACCAAGCGAAGGUUGUAUAGCUUCUUUCAGCAGGUCUAGAUAAUAUGCUGAUAAGAAGUACGUUUCUGCAUCUAAUUGUGAUUCUGUAUUCUCACAGAAUCAGUGCAGCAAGGUUAUCAUUCUUCGACUUUUUAAAACUUUUCUCAGAGUUUGGGGGGGUUGAACUACCUAGUGAGGAGAUGAUGUUCUCUUUAAACAAAUUAAGGUACUCUUCCACCAAUUCUUCCACCAAUUGAAUGUUUUGUUUCUUGUACGUACUUUUUUAAAAAAAUGAUAACUUACAUUUAUUGAGUGCUUUCUAUCUACCAAUCACUGUGAUACAUGUAAAAUGAAUUGGCUCACUCAACAUUGAGAAUAAUCAUAUGAAGUAUGUACUACCAUUAUCCUUCCACAUUUUGUAAAUGAGGAAAGUGAGGCUCAUAGAAGCUAAUUUGCUUAAGGUCCUACAACUAAUAAGUGCAGAGACAGGAAACAUCCAGAUUUGUUUGACACAUUCUUAUGCUACAUUUCCCCCAGAGCUCUCAAAAAGCAAAUGAUGUUAUUUUAUCUCAAAUAUAGCAUGCUGAUAAUGAUAAUACUGGGUAUAGGAAAAUGCUUAAUAAGUGUUUUUUAAAUGAUGAUUGGCUAUCCAAAUUUUAGACAAAGUUUGAAUGAGAUACAGUUGGCCUAUUCACAUAUGUAACCUGAUAUAAAAGAUGAUUCUUCUAUUCAGUGGUAGUUAAAAGUAAUUUUUUUGAAAAGAUACAAAAUAUGGUACUCUCAUCCUGUUUGUGGGUGACAAUAAACACCAGUAUUAGUAAUUGCUCUUAAGGUAACUUGGCUUCGUUUUCAAUAAUUUUUAUAGUUUCUUACCUUUCUUACCAUGUUUACAUAUGUCAUCUAACUUUUAGAAUUUCAGGGAAAAUUCUGGGACUAAUUUCUGGUCCCUAUGUUGCUAUAGAACCUACCUCUAUCUUACAGGAGGAAUAAUUUAUUACAGGCAUAGGAUGUAUAUUAGAAAGAUAAGACCAACUGAGGGCUUCUCCUGUCAUUUUAUUAUGAAAUUUUUCAAAUAUACAGCAAAGUUGAUGGAAUUUUAUAGUACAUACCCAAUUACCAACUUCAUGGAUUCUAAAUUUUACUCUAUGUGUUUUAUUACUCAUCUAUCCACGUUACUUUUAUGAUGCAUUUCAAAGUAAAUUGCAGACAUCAGUAUGCUUCCCCCUAAUACUUCAACAUGCAUGUAAGUAAGUAGAGUUUAAUGUUUAGUUCUUAAAAUUUUUGAUGUACGCUUACAUGCAAUGAAUUGCACAAAUGUUAAAUAUAAACUCACUGAGUUUUUGCAAAUGCAUUUAUCUGUGUAACUCAAACCCUUUUCAAAAUUUAGAACACAGCAGUCAUUCCAGAAAGUUUCCUCAUGUUCCUUCCCAGUCAAUCCCCAUCCCACCUAUUGGGUGUUAACUACUAUUCUGAUUAUUUUGCCUCACAGAUUAAAUUUGCCCAUUCUAAAACUUUUUAUGAAAGAAAUCCUACAAAGCAUAAUGCUUCCUUCAUGUUUUUGAAGUUAAUUCAUGUCGCAUGUACCAGUGAUUCAGUCCUUUUUAUUGCUGAGUAGUCUUUUAUAUGAAUGUGUCAGGUUUUUUUCCAUUUUCCUGUUGAUGGAUACCUGGGCUGUUUCUGCUUUUUCUUUCUCUCAUUCUCUCUCUCUCUUUUUUUUUUUUUUUUUGGUAUUAUGAAUAAAGUACUCUGAAUGUCUUGUACACACUUUUUGUGAACAUAUGUCUUUAUUCCUCUUGGGUAAACAUCUAAGGAUAGAAUUCUUGGGUUCUAGGGUAGGUGUAUGUUUAGUUUAAUAAAGAACUGCCAGACCUUUUUUCCAAAGGAUUGUACCAUUUUACAUGCCUGUGACAAUGUAUGAAACUUCCAGUUGCUCCACAUUUUCUCCAGUACUUGUGGUUGUUAGUCUUUUUUAUCUUGCAUUUAUGGUGGGUGUAAAAUCUUUUCUAGUUGUUGCCUAGAUUGUUUCUACUUGCCCCUAGCAGCCCUCUCAUCAGGUUACCCUCUUUAUCUUUUUUAACCCCACCCCACCAGGAAAUGCUGAAAACAUUCUUUCUUUGUGAUAAUAAUUAAGAUAACUCAAAACUCAGCUUGAGUUAUUCUUUCUCAAACAUAGGAUACAUUGUCACCAAGGAAUCCUGUUUCCUUUAGUGGAGAAUAACUGAGAACAAACCUGGGUUGCUAAUGGUACAUAUUAGACUGUUCUACUUGACUGCUGGAGCUGGACAGGAUGACACCAGAGCAGGGGCUCCAUAACAUUGUAAUAAAGCAGAAAAUGACCUUUUCCUUUAAAGAUUAGGAGUUCAUGUUAUUUGUAAACCAGAUGAAUUUUUUUUAAAGAUGUAUUUAUUUGAGAGAGAGAGACAGCGUGCACGCACGUGCUCGAGAAAGGGUAUUGAGUGGGGACAGAGGGAGAGAAUCCUCAAGCAGACUCCACACUGAAUGUGGAGACAUGGGCUCAGUCCCAGGACCCUGAGAUCAUGACCUGAGCUGAAACCAAGAGUCAGAUACUUAACCAACUGAGCCACCCAGGCGCCCCAAUCAGAUGAAUUUUUGCUAUAAUAUGGAACCAUAUUAAUAUUAAGCAAGCUUUAUCCUUUCCCCAAUAACUAGUGGAUCUCAAUGUGGUUUUAAUUUAUAUUUCCUUAUUAACUAAUGAUGAUAAGCACAUUUGCAUGUGUUUAUAUACUGUGUGUAAAUUUUACUUUAUUUUAUUAUUUUAUUUUUUAGUUGUAAAGACUGUGUUCAUCCUGCAAAAAAUAUGUGCUGUGUUCUGGGGAGGGGUGGGGUGGGGAGCUAUAGCACAGGCCUCCUCUGAACUGGUAAUGUGUAAAUUUUAAAUUUUCUUAACAGAUUUUUUGAGGUAUAAUGGACAUAAAAUAAACUGCACAUAUUUAAAUUGUACAAUUUGAUAAGUUUUGACAUGUAUACAUCCAUGAAACCAUCACCACAAUUAAGAUAUUAAACAUAUCCAUCACCCCAAAAAGUUUCCUCUUGGUUCUCUGUAAUACCCCUUGCUUCUCUUUCCCGUCUUUCCAAAGCAGCCACUAAUUUGUUCCUGUUGCUUUAGAUUAGUUUGCAUUUUCUAGAAUUUUAUAUAAAUGGAGUCACACAGUAAGUACUCUUUUUUUUUUCCUGGCUUCUUUAACUCUGUAUAGUUAUUUUGAGAUCCAUCUGUAUUACAUGUAUCAUAGUUCAUUCCCUUUUAUUGCUUAAUAGUACUCCAUUGUGUGGUUAUAAGCCACAAUUUAUUUAUGCAUUUACCUGCUACUAUACAUUUGGGUAGUUUCCAAUUUUUGGCUACUACAAACAAAGCUACUAUGAACAUGUAGUAUAAAUUCUUUAUAUGGUCAUAUGCUUUAUUUCUGUUGGAAAAUACCAAGGUGGAAAUGGCUGGAUCAUAUGUUAAAUAUUUUAUUUAGUGAUUGAUUGAUUGAUUGA